AUGGAGGACACAAAUCUCAAUCCCACGGAAACAGCUUCACAGGGGAACAUGGAUAAAGAACCUGUCAAUUCAGACAGCCAAAUACAAUCUUUUGCUGAAUACGUGGCAGCUGAACGCAUGCUCAAGACUCUCAUCGAGAGUUUGAAAAGAAAUUUGAACACCAACUUUCGCAGUAGUUCUAAAGCUGAGUCUAGACUGGCUUUUUCUCUUGAAAAUAGAAAAACAUAA